AUGACUCGUCCCCGCGUUACCCCUAGGCGAGCUGGUGCUGCCCGUACAGCGGAUGAAGGCAGCGGCAGUAGCGACACCGUGGCGCAGCCCGUUAAAAGUAGGCCCCCAGCCAGCUUCGACGAGCACGCUCGUACCAGCGAGCAGCCUCACGAAGGAGCAUGGCAGGGGCGUCAGCACCAAAGCUGGCAGAGGCAAGCCUCGGGUAAAAAAGCCAGCAAAGCAGAGUCGCUGAUUCAAACCCAUGCUCGCAGCCGCAUGGGCAGCGGACCUGGCCAGCACAGGCGAGAGCACCAACACAAGAAAAUCCAUCGUGACGCAUCCGAUCCUAGACGUGGAGAGCCGCUUUCCACAGUGGCUGCACUGGGAACGGUACCAGAGGCGGCAGCUGCAAGACAAGAAGAGCAAUGCCCUGGGGGGGGGCUGCCCGUCGACUCGCCAUGUAUCGCCUCUCGUGCCAACUUCUCCUGCAGAGACUUUGAUGCAUCUUCUCCCUAUUUACCCAUAGCCUACCUGGGAAGGGGUGCAAUCGGCCGCGUCUUCCACUGCGUUGAGCGGUCCACAGGGGAAUGCGUCGCCGUCAAAGUGGUUGCGAAGCACCUGCUGCGAGGGCGCCGCAGACUGCAGCGCCAAGUACUCGUGGAGAAGGAGGCUCUUGUUGCUCUUAGUGCGGGGGGACGACCCGUGCACCCCAGUGUGGGGUAUCUUCGGCGAACGUAUCAGACGUCGGAAAGCCUCUACUUCGUACUGCAGUAUGCAGGAGCGCGCUCGCUUCGAGACGUACUGACACGACUCAACUGUGCAGGCCUGCGCCUGUCUGUGGGAGCGGCGAGGCUGUGGGCUGCUGAAGCCGCAGCCGCUCUUGGAGCUCUGAGGCUGCGGGGGAUCCUCCACAGAGACAUUCGGCCUGAGAACAUCAUUGUGAACGACGAGGGGCACUUGACGCUCGUGGAUUUCGACUCGGCAGUGCAUCUUGCCGCCUCUUCGGGGCAGCACCGGAAGAGGGGCGCGCUGGAGCAGGUGCAGGGUUCUUUGGGGGAGAUUCUGCAUGCAAGCGGGCGCUUGCUAACUCCCGUUCUCUCGCCGUAUGCAGGCACUGCUGCUUACUCCCCCCCAGAGAUGUUUGUCUCCUUGGACCUGGAUGCGGAGGCUGCAGUGCAGCAGCACUGCCCUGCUGGCUUUGGCUCCGACUGCUGGUCCUUCGGCUGCUUAGUCCACGAGCUGCUCCUGGGAGAACCACCCUUCAAGGGAGACUCCCCAGCAGCGCUGGCAAGGGCGAUCUGUGGAGCUGAGGAGCUGUCUCUCCCGCAGCAGCUGCCCGCCAGCGCAUCCGACUUCAUCACGCGGCUGUUGAAUCCGAGGGAGCAGGAGCGCCUCGGCGCGAGGAAUAUCAAGGAGCUACUGGAGCACCCCUUCUUCGAGGGCAUCGACUGCAUGACUCUCCACUAUCAACCGCUGCCGAUCGAUGUGGCGCAGUAUGCCUUCGCUUUCCAAGGAUCUCGACAGGCCCGCCGUGCAGCAGCCGCUGCGGCGGUUGCCGCUGCAGCCGCUUUGGAAGCCGAGCUUACCCCGUCUGUGGGCGGGCACUUUUCUCCUCUCAAGCUGGCGGCUUCUGAGGCUCCAGAGGGCUGCUGCCCUGCAUGCGACUGCAGCGCGACUUGCAUGUGCUGCGGCGGGGAGGCCUCCGACGCCUCCCCACGCUCCUCUGCGCAGGCUUGCAAGUGCAGCAGCAAGCCAAAACGGUGCGUCUUCUCGCAGGAACAGAAAGGCGGCAAUGGACCGUCCACGCCUUCGACUUCCCCCUUCACGAAUAGCGAUGCGGGGAUCGGCGGGCAAGACGGUGCGCUGCAGCAGUUUGAGGCAACUGAGGAGCCUCGCGCCUCCUGCCGCUGCGCAGUGACGGAGGCAGUGCUCGGGUGGGGUCCCCCCUUGCUGCUGCGUCCUUCUUCUAGUUCGGAGUAUGCAGACUUCGUCGCAGACUCCGCAGACGGAGCCGAAGGCAGCAAAAGCCCAGCUGGGGACGAGGAUUGUUCAAGGUUUCUUUCCGGCGUAAGCGACAGCACGCCGCUGGCAGCAGACGGUAGCGCGAACGCAGGCCCUGGCGUUCCCAGCGUGAGCGAGGCAGGAGGAGGCAAGGAGCUCCAGCAAGGUUAUUUGGCGGUUCAAGAAGAAUUCCCCCUUCAUGCCGCCAGAUGGCUCCUUAAAGGAGAGCAUUUGCAUUAUUACGGCGUUCUCCUGCGCAUGCGGGAGCGUCGAAGCUUUUGUGAGCGGCUCUUCAUGCGGCUGUGGGGGAGAACCCACAAGGCAAAUUGCCAGUUGCAGCCACAGCGCUGCUUAGCACUUCUGACAGACACUGGAAGACUGCUGCUGCUCGAUCCGAGUGGCAAGACGCUUCGGAAAACGAUUCGCCUCGCUACAGACGGCGAGAUAUAUACCGAAGGGAAGGACAUGUUGAUCUACUCAAGUGCAGUCGACGGGUGCUAUCUACUCUUCGCGUCCGAUAAUGACAGUGCUGCUUCGUGGGCACGGUCUCUGACUCUGUCUAUACAUGUGCGUCGUGUCGGGUUGCAAUCUGCGAGGCCUGUUCGAAGCGACGCCGCCGCAUGCACACCAAAGGGCGCAGGCGCAGAGGUGACGAACUCCGUGUCGCUUGAAGACCAAGGAUCUUGUGGAGCAGCUAUCCACGGUUUCGAUCACCAGGGAGACUCAGACAGAGACCUUUUCGCAACGUACUCCCACUUCGAUAAGGGGCCUAGACAACGCAGCCGCGGCUCCUCGGGUGGGCCCCACGUUGAAGGUCCAUCUAUGUCGACUGCUGCUACAUCCACAGCGCGCGGUGUACAUACAGACCGCAUGAGUGACCGCUUGCAGAAGCCGAACGGAUCUGCCGUGCGACGGAGACAAGAUCCUUUCCGCUAUCGUUGUAGCAGCACUACAGAGCCUAUUCCAAUGCCUGGGAAGAGUGAAGUUGCGUACCGUCCGUUCUCAGAAGGCUCCCACCGUUACGCCAUGCGAUUAAACGCCGUUUAUCCAGCCAAGGGAGAAGUGGCAUGA